ACUUUAGUUAUAUGUCAUUUCGUCAUAUUGUGCGUUUUGCGGAGAAGCCGAAGGCUGGGUGGUCACGUUUCGAGGAGUCUAUGUAUGUGUGUGUGUCGGUAAGACCAAGUUACGCGAGGAAAACCUAAAGGAACAAAAACAAUCGAGAAAUGAAGAUCUGGACAUCGGAACAUAUAUUUGACCAUCCUUGGGAGACAGUAGUGACAGCAGCUUGGCGCAAAUAUCCAAACCCACACAAUCCAGCGGUGGUAGGUUUGGAUGUUGUUGAUCGAAAAGUGGAUGAGAAGGGCAUCCUUCGUAGUCAUCGUUUAUUGAGCACAUCAUGGGGACUUCCACGAUGGGUUACAACAAUGAUUGGAAUGGACAGAGUAUGCUAUGCCAGCGAGCACUCAGAGGUAGACCCACAGCAGAAAAAUUUCACCUUACGAACCAGAAAUGUCACAUUCUGCAAUAUAGUAACAGUUGAUGAGGUGUUGGUGUAUUCUCCGCACCCUGAAGAUGGCAGCAAGACUCAGCUAAAGCAGGAAGCAGUAGUAUCAGUCCAAGGCGUACCUCUGUGUAGUAAAAUGGAAGCUAUUGUGACAGAGACCAUUUCAAAAAAUGCCAGCAAGGGUCGUCAAGCUAUGGAAUGGGUAAUCAGUCUGGUAAAAACUGAGGCUCAAGAACUUUCCACAGAAGCAGUGAAACUCUCCAAAGAUGCCAUGAAACUUUCCAAUGAGUUUUCCAGUGAAGCUAAGAAGCAUUUUGAUAGUGUCCUGCCACAUGUUCAACAUUCCAAUACCACCCGAAACACUGCUUUAUGAUUGUAUAUUAACUUAGGUAAAAUAAUGACAUAUAGCCCAAGACACCACCCUCAACUCUCUUAAAUCCAGCCGUCCUCUUCUUCCUUUUUAGUGUGCUCAUGAAGCUGAUGUGAUAAAAUAUUUUAAUUUGCUUAUUUGAUUUUUUAAGAAAUGCAAGAUGACAAAUUUUUAUUUUAGUAAAGCUUCAUGAUUUAUAAAAAAAAAAAAUGGACAUUUUUGUAUGGCAGGCAAUACAUCUUGGGAUCAUGAUAGAAGAACUGCAGUCAAUGUGGCUGUCUGUGCUGGCUUUAUUCAGUUUCUCACUGUCGUUUAUCAUUUGCACUCUAGCUUUGUACAAAAUAAUUGUGUGGCCUUCAGCUGUUGUUGUCUUGUAAGAGAUCUCAGGGUGUAUUUUCAUGAACUAUUGCAUGUUUUUUGAUCCACCUUGCUUCUGGUCAAGUAACUGCAUUUUUCUUCAUAUUUUUAGAAAUAAGUUAAUGAAAUAUUUGGAAAACAAAAGUAGCUAUUAGUUAUUAGGGAGUUAUUAUUCUGAAAGCAUUAUUGAUAUGAAUUAAGUUUAUGGAUUUCAGCUUUAAGCAUAUGUCUGUCUAUCUAGCAUAGGAAGUUAAUAUUUUAUUUAAAAAUGUUUCGGUGGUGAGUAAAUGAGAACUGUCUUAAAUACUUUGUUGCUUCAUUGCUUUGAGCUUGUGAAAUGGAGAGAAACUUAGGCAGUUUUUCUAGAAAAUAUAAGUGAGUAAAACAAACUCUUGAUAUAGAUAUGCAAUUAUUACAUUAACUUGUCCUUUUUAAUUCCAUGGUUCAUACCUGAUAGUUAUAAAAGUAAUCAUUCUCUUUCUACCAUACAUAGUGAUUUGUUGUCCUUCAUACAAAUUAUUAAUAUCGCCAAAAUCUUGUUCAUUGUGCUCAUGACUACUUGAUGUUGCCAAAACAGCUGACGGUAAGUUUGCCUUUAACAUGGCUACCAUCAAUGUUUCAUCUGCUUAAUUUGGGUGAUAUACUCACAUGUCACUGUCUGCAGCCUAGCCUCUUUGAUGAAUAUUGAUUUAAUGUUAUCACAUGAACAAACAUUAGUAACAUGGCUAACAAAACAUCAAAAAAGGACAUGAAGAGUUUACGAUGCCUUGUGUGUACUCAAAGAAAAAAAAUUUUGAUCUUUCAAAAAUCUUUCAUGUAUCUGAAAAACUAGUUAUUGUUUUUUUUAAUACGUACAAAAUUGGCAUAGAAAAUUUAAACAGAAAAGAGGAUAGAAGAUAUCAUUCAUAAGGAAAAAGCACAGGGAAAAAUGCAUCCAUUAUUUCUUACAAUCUUGCACCUGCAUUAUUGUUGAAGUCUCAUGCUAUUUUUAUCCUGUUAAAGCUGCCAGUGUAGAAAAAAAGCAGGGUUUUUUUUUUUACCUCGUCUUUUCUGUUGAAAUUACACCAUCUCCACAGUAAAAGACUUUUUGCGGUGUCCAUUCAUUCCGUAUUUUUGUAUAUAUCUUGUGAAUUAAUGUUUAAAGCAGCAAAUAUUUCUCAGGAGACAAGAUGUAAAUCUUACAAAGGGUCUCAUAACGAAGAACAAGUUUGCCUCCAAGCUUUUGACAUGUUGUUAAUUUUAAGGAUGGUGGAAAAGUUGUUCAUUUGACAGUUGUUUUUGUUUUAAAAUAAUGAUGAAUGUGUUUUCAACAUAUUUGGGGCUUUUUGUAACAUGCUCUGUUUGUUAAUGGUAUGUCAGAGAACGAUUUAUCACUGCAUUUUUAUGCAGAUAGCAUAAAAUUUUUUAUUCUUAUGUUGCUGUGAUCUGUGUGUACAAUAUAGAUCUGUCACUGGUAUUUCUGUGGUUUUGAGACAAGUAUGUUAUAUUUUUUUGUUCCUUAAAGAAUGAGUGAAAUUAGAUUUGUAAAUUAAUGAUUACUUUAGUCUGAUGAUUUUUGAAAUCAUUUUGUUCCUUUUAUUUGUUUCAAACACCACAGUAUAUUGAAGUGAUUUUAACAGUGGCAUAGCUUUCUUUCACCCCUGUUUAUAUUGCAUUAGUGGAGUAUUGAGGGCUCCCUGAAAUUGAAUGGAGACUUUGUCUUACUCUAGUCUAAAACAUAUGCAUGCCCAUGCAAUCAAAAUCUUAAACAAUACAGUCUUUAAAAUAUUGAGCAGAUAAUAUAUUGUUAACAUGCUUAGCUGAAAUCCUCAUGUAGCAAAUAAAGACGGUUGUUAUUUUGGUCUGUGGCUAAAAAGAUAA